GAGCACCCAUGGAAAACAACAACUGUUGUAUUGCGAAUUUGUGAGGAGCCAGUUUUUGUCAGUGUAAAUUUUUCCAGAAAUUACUCUGCGAUAUUAAAAACCUCGUCGUACUUGCUUAACUUUAUGUGGGCAUAAUCGGUACAAUGCUUUUCCAGUCCAGUAGAACGGUCCUCCGUCGCGUACUACCAUCCGUUUGUCGCUGGAAACUGGGUGUUCCUUUUCCGUGUACAUCUGCACGGUUGUUCAGCAGCCAGCCACGUCCACCAGUAUCUCCCAGUCCCGGCCGUGCCAUUGCCGCAGGAGAUCUGGUACAGUCGGCUGAUCCCUGGCUGUGGGCGUUCAACGACACGGCAUACAAAAAACGCUGUGCCCACUGCUUCCAAGAGCGCGGGCAUCUGCACGAGUGUCCCGGGUGUCGCGUGCAUCGCUACUGUAGCACUGCUUGUCAGGAAGCGGACUGGAAGAAGGAACACGAAGUGGAGUGUGCGCUGAUCAAAGGCAUUGAGUCCAACAUGGACAAACUGCAAUCCAUGUGGGCACUGUUCGGUCUGUCUCGUCUGUCAGAACACGACCGGAUGCCUGCGACGUUUGUUCUGCUGGCCAAACUUGCGCACAAAGUUAAGGAGAACGCCGUGUCGGAUAUUCCCGAUCUUGGCCAGUUGCCGGCAAAGGACAUCGUUAACUUGUUCCGCUACCGCCCCAUCCUGGACCCCGAAGAUCCAGUUGUGAACUUCACUAACAUGCAGCUGUCUGCAUUGGGUGAUUUGUUGGGGACACCUGGUUCGAGAUUAGCGGACUACUCCCAAAUGAUCCAUUACGAUGCCUUCCCCAUUCGACAGCCAAGCGGAACCCUGGCGGGUGUGGCCAUGUACCCGACACUGCGCUAUCGUGCCAUGACGCCGGUGUGUCUGGAUGUCAACGUGACCAUGGGGAUGCAUGGCCGACGUUUGAUGGUGUUCGCGACGGAAGAUAUUCCCAAUUACACCGGGCUGCGCGACUUACGCUGCAAUGUAACGAGCCACCGUCCUUACGCAGAGUCGCGUGAGUCGCGUCGUAACGGUUUUGAAUACUAUAACCUCGACGAAGCUUGCACGUGCCAGAAAUGCACGCGAGAAUUUGAAGCUGAGAUGAAUCCCUUGCAGUGCGUGACGCCUGGUUGUAUUGCGCGCAUUCCCAGUGAUGCGCGGGCCGUGAAACCGUGUCCGCAGUGUGGCGCGAACAACAGCGGACAGCUCCUGCGCUUUCACCGGCUUGAGAAGAAGCUUGAUAACGCUCGGAAAGAUGAACCGAAAACCAAACCGGUCCUCGGUGCCAUAACAGGCUUAAUUGUAAAGAGAAGGGGCGAAAUCAUCUGGAAGCAGGACUUCGGUCAUGAAAAGGAAGAGAAACCCGAUGCGGGGUGCUUUAAGGAAGUCGAAAAUGCCGGGAUUUUGCAGUCCGAUGCCCAUCUUCGUUACGUGUAUGGUUGGGAUGUGAAGAACUGGUUUGCUGAUCUGAAGCAUUUCGAGGAUGACUGGAAACUGAUGCAGGAGAUGGUUGCGUGUGUGCGGAAAUUCCAUCCACGGUAUGAGCUGACCCGUGCUGCCCGUCUGAUGAUGGCGGCUAAUUAUGGUAGCGCUGCACUCGCUAAGGUCAAGUUGGAAGCGACAUCCUUAAGCUCUGAACUGGACCGAAUCCGCCUGGAAUCCGCUGUAGCCAGCGCUCUCCCGAUCGUUGUGGAUUACGCCAAAGAAGCCCGCGAUAUCUUCGCUAAACUGUAUGGUGAAGACUCAUCCGAGGUGAAGAACAUGGAUCACAUGUUGGCGUCUUGCCCGAGCGGGAAUGUUGGGAAGAAACACAGUGACAUCUGAAGUCAUCGGCAGAGAUUUCUCCCCUGUGGAGCGACUUUUGUGCACUACGAGUUUCUUGUCGGCACUUUGCGGCUGCUGGUGAUGAAUUCGGUUGCUGUUUUCACUUUUCAUUACAAAUAUCUGGGUUACCUGCUCCGAGAUGAAACUAUUAACUAUUGAAUGCCUUUACUUAACUUUGCUCACAUACAGUUAGCUUACAGAUUACAGGGUAUUGUAGAAGGUAGUAGAAACGCUCAUUUA